GAGAAAAGCACUAAGGUCGCCUAAUAGCGCGCCCAGCUUACUUUUAACUGUCUCCAACCUCGUCUUUCAGAUUUAGUCGUGUCUAACGAAACCGACUUUCUACUUACGUUUUCAAUUAUUUACUUCGAUCCCGGAUUCUCAGUAUCAAGUUUAGCCUUGGAAGUAAUCAACUAUUUAUAACAACAAGGUGUAGCUUCUGCUUCUCAAACCUACUUAGUAACUACAUUGUCGCGAGCAAUACUAGGAAGGAGGUCUUGAUCUAUUUAUCGACGAACUGCCCAACGAAGCACAACUUAUCUCGAUUCACAGAACUACAACAAGUAAAACGUCCCUAGGUAUUAGAAGCACUAGUAGUCUCAUCUCCUAUUCGAAGCAAGAAGCCGAAGCCAGUAGAGCAGAGCAUCAAAGAACAAACAUCUUCAAGCAGUUCAAGCAUCAAGAACAAGCACAAGUGCGACACUACCCUACUACGAGAAUGGAUUCUUCUGAUGUAGAAAUGGCCCCUGUUGAGCAGGCGCCGCAAGUUGGCGGUGAACAUGCAGCUGCGCCGGCCGCGCCAGCCGCUUUUGGACCACCAGUGCCUUUAAUGGCUCCACCGCCGAAGGUCGAGGAUCCGUGGGCUCACCUUGAGGCCAUCGCCCGCGACUUGGACAAGAAGAUGAUGGAAUUGGGCGAAGGAUAUAUUGUCGCGGAGGAUCCUGACAAGAAGAUCAACGUGUUGAAGGACAUCCGCAGACUUAUUCCGAGGGUCAGUGAAUACGACGACCUUGGCGCCUUGCCAACGCUGGCAAAAAUCAAUGCUCUUCGCGAGGCUGGCGCCCUCUAUGAGCUGAUGUUCCAGCUGAGGUAAUUAUACUUACUUAUGAAUCCACAUCCACUUCGAAACUGUUAUCUAGACAUCUUAUCCUUGUAGUCAUAAAAGUACUAGCGCCGGCCCUGGUCCUGUUGUAUAGUAUGCACAGACCACUUCUCACCUACAAGAUAGAAGUGCUCGUCUUUCAUGAUCAGGGUCAAUAUUGCCACCAAUUGGAAAGUGAGCUCUUCUACCUUUUCUACUAUCUCUAUUCCAGAUACGACGUCGAGUUGAAUUCUUGGACGAAUUCUGCGGCUGUCUGGGCAUAUGUGGCAAACUUGUUGACGAAGCCGAACCAGUUGCCGGUCGGGAUCUAUAUUCCGCGACGCCACAUGUCUGGCAGUUUGAUGGAACGUGCACAAGAUACGGAAAACGUGGGAGACUACAGCAUGUUCUUCACCCCGAGUACUUACUUACUUACUUACUUAUAGUAAAUUCUUUUGCUUGGCUUUUUUAUAUUUGUCCAUCUUUCCCAGUAUGAUUAAGUAAGUAGUCAGGACCUUCCUUUCAUGUUCAUGGAGUAGUUGCGUUUUUUUCUGAAGUGCAUCUACAUUCGACCUCGGCCUUUCUUCGGUGAUAUUCAGCAUCAUUGUCUUCCCUCAAACCCAGUUCGCGUUAUUUGCCGCGUUUUUCUCGAAGAACAGAAGAAAUUGUGUGCGGCUAAGGGGCAGGCCACCGUGUCUGCCAAGGACGUGGGAGCAUCGAUGAAAAAGAAGUUCAGAUGCGCUGUGCCUGGUCGCGUGGUCAAUGAGAACAACGCCCAUCGCUGGCAGAAGUGCUGACUCUUUAUUUUUGAUCCUAGAGCAAGUUCUUAGUCUUAUUGGCUGUUUUAUUUUUUUCGACCGACAUCUACCUAGAAGUCAAGUUAUAGAAGUGCGCGCGCUUUCCGAAGUAUCUCUCUUUAUCCCCAUCCGAUACAGGUUGAACGCGAACCUAUUUGAUAUCCAUGGAAACGGUCAGUUGAAACCGUUAUACGAGGCUUACGCACGAUGCACCGAGAAAUUUAAGGCCAGAGAUUUUUUUAUCAUACUUAGCUAAGCAACUACUCUCCCUUGUAAUCAAAUUCAAAGCGUCUUGUUUCCCGUCGUGUUAGAACAGCUUCUCCAAGGCAGGCCGUCUUUGUUUGCGUUUUGAAUCUCAUCGUGCAUGUUGUAUCUUACAAGAAAGUCCUCUAAUCAACACGCCGUCUGCAUCAGCUGUCCGUUUGACGGCCUGCAUGUGCUCGACGAGCUUCUCACCCAUGCUGAGCCAAGAGUCUUGAUUGACCUGUUCAACACGUUCGAGGAUAUCGAUGCGAAGGCCAAGAAGGCCCACGAACAGAGCCAAGCAGAAGGCAAGAGACGCAGAACCGACUUCAAGUGGACCGCAGCGAUGCUCUUGAAAGAGUGCCAGCUCAUUCGUCGUAUCUACUUAUAUUUUCUUUCUUUGUUUACUCACCUAUGUUUUAGUGGGUUUGAUUCUUAGCGGAUGCAUUUAUAUCUUAUGGUCAGUCUAUCUUCUUGUGACGCCUCUGAGAUAUUGAUAUAGGCACUUCAAGCCCCUCCUCUCUGUUCGAUCGCUGGUCAUCCCUCCUCUCGAUGGAAUCAACAACAGCAGUCUUUUCACUCUAAUCAAACAGUGCGCCUCGAUAUGGUCGCGAAGCUGCAGUGUGCGUGCACGGAUAUCUUUAACCCGGAUGAUAUUCUUUUGGUUAGCGAAAACGAUACGGAAGAUCACGCCCGGAUGGCCCACCUCGAACCACGUGAGUACCGCAUGUACCUCGUGUACAGGGCCUCCGUGGAGCAGUUCUGGGAUAUCCGUCGCAGCCAGUUCCUCCAGGUAUAGCAAGUAGAUUGAUUUUAUUACAAUUCUUUUGUGGCUAAGAAGAAGAUGCAAGUAAGUGCUCCCUCGUGUUCGAUAACUUGUAGCUGAAAGUGUCUCUUCUACCCUACCUAUUCUGUCACCAUGCGCCAGGUCUUGGACGACAAAAACGGCGAGAUUGACAACAAGAUGCUACGCAAGAUCUUAUUGAAGACUUUUACGGAGGAGGAGGCACGCAUGAUCUUUGAAGCCCCGCGUCUGGGCCAGCCAGAGGAGGAUCCCAAUGAAAAGCGCAAGGAGCCUGAAGAGGAUGAGGAAGAAGAGGCACUUACUUUUUUUUUGGACGUUGAAUGAAUUGGAUAGUUAUGCUCAUGCUGUGACAUUCAGUUUCAUUCCGUGCCUCACGCUGUACGAAGAGCUCCUAUAUCAAGCUGCUUGUCUGUCCCAGUGCAUUCUUAUCUUCAAUGUAUCGCAGGUUACACAGCUUACGCCUUACGAGUGGGCAUUUUCCGACUCGAUUCACCCCUGGCCAAUGGGCGAGCACUACAGUUAAGGCCCACAGCUUAAAUGUUUUCACUCCUCUUUCUUUCAUAGAAAAAGAUAUUCUUGAUGCGGUUUUGCUGUUACCUCAAAUAGAUACUGACGCUAGUCCUGUCUUCUAACUCACGGGAAAGGAUCCCAGGAAGAAGGAUCCAAAGGCGCCGGAGGUGAUCAUCUGCGAGGUGGACGAUCUGGAACGCAGUACUUCUACUUACUUCCUUUAUUUCGUGACUUGUGUGAGGUCGCUAUGUGCAUUAUGUUAGUUGUAUUGUUUUCGCCUUGAAUUUUCAUAGUAACUAUCAGCAUACGCGGAGUUUCUUUCUCUCAUUCUAAGUAGCCUCUUCUCCGCCUAAUACUGCUUCGCACAAGGGUAGACUAUACUAUCCCCUCUUCUCUUUCGUUUCUCACUUUCAGUUGCCAAGCAGAAGACCAUGGGCCGCGGGGCUUUUUACUUUUGCGACUACUCGCGCGUCACCGCUUUAACCGAGCGAGACUCGGUCGAACCGAAGAAGCCACUUGUGCACAAGAAGGCGGUGAAACAUAUGGCCGAUGGAAUGGCAGCCAUGCGCAACGCGAGCGCCAAUCCUCUGUACUUUUUCAUCCCCACGAAUAUCGAGACCGAGGAACCAAUCACCAAGGAAAUGAAAAAGCUGACUGGCUGCAAGAAAGGCACUAUUGUCUACACGCGCGAGUCGUGGAACAGCAGUUGCCACAAAAAGAUGGAUGACGCAGAUCUGACAGGCACUUACUUACUUGGGAGUAAGCGCUUACUCUUUUUCAAUUUUUUGAGGCAGAUGAAGCUUGACGUAGUAGGUCUUCUACUUCAUACACCCGAACCAGUCCCCUUUCUGCUCUGAAGAACGCUUGAUAUUAGAGUACUUAUUUUUUCCUACCAACUAACGACUUCAACCUUGUCAAAAACAGAGCCGUUUGUGACCAAUAUGAAUGGACUGCCUCGCACGUUUUGGACGGACUUGUCCGACCAGAGAACCAAACUGCUGACACGCUCUUGCAUCGACUUGAAGCAGGUGUUUACUUUUGGUUUUCCUUUGCAGUAUCAUGUACUUAGACCGUUCUUAUCGUUGUCUUGAACUUCGUCGUGUCAUACUGGUACAGCAAAUUCUUCACUUAUUCGGCUAGGAGCUCGCUCUUAUAUUCAUUGCUGACGCUCCCCCAGGUCGAGGACAGCGGAUGUCCUAUCGAAUUUGAGGAGAUGCCCAUCCAAUAUCAGUCGAUUUCAGACGCACAAGGCAAGCCUGUGGAGCAAUAUUCUGCAUGGUUCACGCGCAUGAAAAACUGGACGUUCUACCAGACCUUGCGAACGCAGCUCCUCAAACAAACUAAUGGAGCCGUUCCGGUCGUCGUCGACCUGUGCAUGGACUUAAGACUAGUUUCUUUGUUUCACUUCCUUAUAUUCGGGUUGCACUUGCUUUUUUAUCUAUAUCAAAAAGUGGGUUUUGAAAUAAGGAAAACGCCAAGACAACCACUAAAGGAAGCGACUACUUGGGUGUCUUUUCUAAUUCCUGAAAUGUUGUGCGCGUUCUGCAUUUUGAUGAAGAUGGACUACAUUGGUAUCUCCUCCUACUAAUGACUGCACUAGUAAAUAGACUGUUCUAGUUGCUCGCUUGACUUUCAUCUUAUUCAGUGGACCGCUAAGCAAGGACGACCGUGCUCAUGAUUCUACAUUUCACUUACUUACUUCCCCCGCCUAUUCUACACUCUACAGGAGUCCCAAUCACGCCAGCACACGAAGCCGUCAAGAAGAAUGCUGCUCGCCACCUCUGGUGGUGGGCAAAGACCUACAGUUAAGCACACAAGUUUUCACUUACUAACUUACUUAUUUGAGGAAAGUCGAGCUUAUUCAUCUUCGUCCUUGGUCUCCUGCUCUCAUUGUCGUGUUUACUCGAAAAUAAAGGCGAUGAUCGAUCUCCUUCGUCUAAUAUCUCUGCCCGCUUGAGCACGUGUCUGACCAGUACCGCAUUGCAGAGGACUACAUCAAGUACACCAAGCGCGAAAUCACGCCACUGCAGGUCAGAGUGAUGGAAGACUUCAUCGAGUAUAACCUUUAUGGCAAGUUCUACUGCGCUUCUAUCUACUUAAUUAUACCGAUAUGGUAGUCUCUCAACUUGGGUAAGUAACUAGAGUCUUCUUAUCCUAGACCGUUUGUUGUUCUGUUCAGACAGUAAAAUGAUCUAAUCUCUCGUGUGGAACAAGCCGGCUGAGCCAAACUCCCGCUCGAAAAACGCUGCCACCGCGAUCAACAUGAAGCGCCCCAAGAUGAGCAAGGAAAAGGCCGCAAAAGCGAAUGCCGGAGGCAACAGCCUCCUGGGUGAGCUCUUGCAGCUGCAGCAGCAGAACCAGAACAACAACGACGACCAGGAGCAGUAAGUAGGAAAGAGAAAAGAUGGUAGGUUAGGCAAGCGCCACGGGAAGAUGGCGAAGAGGGUAUCUAUAGCUGGGGAUGUAGCAAGUAAGUACUCUCGUAGGGGGAGAGCCUAAGAGAUCCAAGUAUCUAGCUAUUUACUUCUAGUAGCAAAUGAGUAGACUUUUUCAGAGUUGUGGCCUAAUUGCAACAUUUAAGUACACGAACAGGUAGAGGAACUCGAAUUAUAAGCACGAACGUAAGUACUUCGUGAUAGACUUCCAAUCCAUAUUGCUACAGCCUACUACUACUUCUCUUUUCCAAGUAAUGAAGUUAAUAGUUGCGGGUAGCGAUUAAUAAAGGAUCUACUACAGGGCGACUUUUAUUCUGAAGCGAGUUGUGGCUUGCUUUCACUUCUAUCGUUGAGAAAGACAGAGAUCCAGUUCGAAGUCAUCAAGUUGAAAGUAGUGCGAAGUCCUUUUCGCCUUCCGAUGCGUAUCUAACUGAUUAAGUUGGUCAGCGGUAAGCGUCUAUGUAUCUAUGGGGGGAUGGAUCGAUAAUAAAUAAAAACUGAGCACCUCAUGUCAUCUAACAAGAUUCAACUCAUGAAAGUAUUGAAAAUAGAAGAUUUACCUUGAUGAGAACAACACAAAUUUGCAUUACAUGCGUAACUACAAUAUCGACGCUUCGACUCAAACUCCUCGGGCCUCGCGCCCUACUUCGUGGGGGGUCAGUUUAUAUUUGUAAAGGGUGAGCACAUGCUAGCAUCGUGCAUCCUGGCCGCUCACAGUGAUGGCCUCUGUCAUACUAGUAGAUAAAUAACGUUGAGUGGUAUUAUGGAUGAAAGAGUGAAUGAAUGUAAGAAAUCAAAGUAAAUAGUUAUUUAUAGUUUGUGGGGUGCAAGGAGGCAAACUUAUGUACAGUCUUCAUCAAGAGAUAAGAGAGCCGGGUCUCGUUUCUCAUCAUUUUGCCAGUAUUUAUUGUGUCGCUGUAGCAGCAUGAUGAUCAACAUAACGAUAUAGCUAGCACUUUCUUCGGGGUGACGAGUAACUAUGUCAAAGCUUUGACUUUCAAGUAUAUAAUUAGGGUAGUAAUGGGUGAGUUCGGCUCACAACAGAUUUUAGCCGUGUUUCACCAUCGUUUCGCAUUAGGUCUGAUAUUGUUGAAGAAGUACCGAAGUAAGUAGUAGUUUUAGUUUCUUCACUUGAAGUGGUAUUAGUGGCAUUGUUCAUAUAAGUAAUUCAGUUUGUUUUUACGUCAGUAUUCACAUUUCAGAUGUAAGUAACUGCAAGCAGACACAACCACGACGGACGACACAGCGCAACUGAUUCCAGUACCUUUUGAAACGGCUCACCACGAUGGCGUGGUCUGCAGAUCUUUUCUAUCAUUGGGGAGGCCCAUUCUCUGCAUAAAGGGAUAAGCACUUACUCGCCCAUGUCAUAAUAUGAAUUAUUUCAAGUUCAAUAAUAGCACUGCCACCUUAGCGGUGAAGGGAUGCCGCUCGAUGUAAAGCCGAACUCAUAGUCGAAUUAUGCGACGACUUUUGUCAUGCUAGUGCCUAUCGCUAUUUGCGUCCUCAGUAACGUGGGGCAGUAUUUGACAAGAAUCAAAUCAACAGGGUACGGGUACUCAUGGAAGGAGUAAGUAUGUAUCGAAGUAGAUCACCGGGGGAGACAGUAAGGGCCGCUCUGAUAUCAGUGCACAUGAUGGCAUCACUCAACUUCGCCCAUUGAAAGUCAGAGACUUGACUGGCGACGACGCUCACGCAGCCACCCCCAUGACUCUUCUUUCACUACUUCCAAAGAUGAUCUCUGACUGGCUCGGCCGUCUACUUAGUCACUCUCCUUAGACUAGAACUAGACUUGUGCACAGGUCGACCAGCCAAGAAUGCAGAACUUCACUACAGACACACAACAAAACAAGCACAGUUGAUGAAGCCGUGUAAUAAAGAACUUUCUGCACUCGAAUAAGUACGAGAGCAGACAUUUCAACUUGUACAGAUUAGGUGCCUAGGUGCCUAUAUGUAAAGUCUCUUAUCGACUGCUGCUGCUGAUAAACGAU